GAAAUGGCAAUGGAUGGAAGUCAUGAUGCAAGCCUUUCACAAGAUCUUCAAAUCCAAGAAUGGAUGCGCGAAUUGCGUCGUGUAAAGAGAGCGACCGCAAAAAAUCCACAAAGUACGGUAGCCGUGCUGCCGGGUUUCAGCCAAAGUUCGCAGGAGUUGUGGGAUCGUGAAUUCAUGGGACAGAUCCUAUGCGAGGCGUCGAAGCGUCUCAGAGUACAAUUUGGUCAUGCUGGUGCCUCGGCAAACGCUCAAGGAGAAACGGCGGCAGCGAAGAAUUCAGCUCUUCGUGCAGCUGGAGCCAUUGUUUCCGCUUCGUUCGAUGAUUUGGGAAAAGAGAUUCGAAAGGAAUAUGAGAGACUGGUCUCCAAUGGAACGAUCAUUCCAAAGGAAGAAGUCUCACCGCCAGCUGUCCCAAUGGACUACUCAUGGGCUCGAGAACUUGGACUCAUUCGGAAACCGGCUUCAUUCAUGACCUCGAUUUGUGAUGAGCGAGGAGAGGAACUUCUCUACGCCAGUGUUCCGAUUACACGAGUCUUGGAAGAAGAGAUGGGUGUUGGCGGUGUCCUCUUGCUUCUCUGGUUCCAGAAACGUUUGCCCGAUUAUGCGAAAGCUGGCAAAGAUCUCAGCUCAUCGCUUGUGUCCGGAUUGCUCACAAUUGGCGACCGUUUCAGUGGCGCACCCGAUGGAGCCGCAAAGACUUUCACGGAGGCAUUCGACAAACAACAAAGUGCUCAUCAAUUUGUCAAUGAAAUGCGUCAUCAAGGAAAACUGAUUCCUGGCAUUGGACAUCGUGUGAAAUCGAUUAACAACCCUGACAAACGUGUGGAGAUCCUAAAGAAGGGUCUCUUUCGUGUCACCGAGCGACACAUUGGCCAUUUGAACUUGAAAAAAGCUACACUUGGCUCAUUUUUGGCUAAUACAAGCCCGUUGAAGCAGCGUCAACAAAGCUCCAGCUUGCCCUCAAGUCAAACGCCAGAAAAUAUGCCUCUCUGGCGUUCGUAUGGAUUAGAACAAGUGCUUGUCGCACGUGGAGCUUCUUAUCAGCGAUGCGAGGGACUGCUGAAAGAAGGUUUCACAGCUCAUCAGGUUGAAAUGAUUGCACCGCAGGUAUGGGAUCAACAUGGCCGUGCGCUUCUACAGGUAGCGAGUCACUACAAGCACAGUUUCGAGGAGAUCGAACGAAAUUUCUGGCUCCUACAUGGUUCGAAGGGUUCUGGUAAAACCACCUUCGCAAAAUUUUGUAUGGCAAAAGGAGAACAAGCCUCGUAUUGUCUGGUAACGCAUGGCUCCUACCAAACUUACCGUGACGAGGACGUACUCAUUUUUGAUGAGGCAACCAGAUUUGCGCCCAGAGGCGAAGGAGACACGAAAAGGAAAGCAAGAAAUGAUUCACUGUGGCAAUUAGAGAAUUUCUUGAAAUUGGCCAGUCGAGAUCCAACGAUUUUGAACGUAAAAUUCGGCAAGGUGCCCUGCCUCGCCACACAAAUUGUGGUAAUUUGCAAUGAGAACCCCUUCGAAGAAUUUGUACGCAAGGAAAGUCAAACUUAUGAGAUUGACGAAUCAGGGAAUCGACGACACAACAAUAAUUACCAUUUUGGCCUGCCCGAAGAUGAUUGGAAUGUCUUCAUUAAUCGUUUCCAUAUACGGGGGCAUUUCAAGAAAGAACAGGAUGUGCGCGUUGCCGAAUGGGAACACAUUUUGGAAGGUUUGCAGCGUGACAAUCGUCGACCUGGAUUGCCACCACGUGAAUGGAACGUCCUCUACGAACAAUACUUGGCCAAGCGUUUUCUACGUACGCAACACGUGGCCAAAGAUUUGUCUUGUUUCGCCAUCAACAUAUCUCAAGACAAGACCUUCUCAUCACCAAUGACAUCUGAAAGGGGACCGCGAGAAAUUUUUGCAACGGAUUUGGGUCUCCACUCAGAAGCCAACAUAACCCAAGGUUCAUUGGUCUCAAUGAUGGAUGACGCUAGGUCGCUUCAGACAGAGCGUUUCUCGCCUUUUCGAACUCAGAAGCGUGUUCCAUUGAGAAGACGAUCGCUAGAUGAGACUCCAAAUGAACCAUCAACAUCAGGCCUCUCUCCGCCAAUCUAUUUGACGAGUGCCUCAAAUCGAAGUGUGUCAUUUAUGGCGAUUUUCGAGUCAGGAACACAGGGGAACACAAAUUUUAUCAUUUCUGAUGCGUUUGGCACGGUUGUUCGCCCUCAAUACUUGUCGAAUGCCUAUGGUAAUAAGGAGACGCGCUCGGAUUCA